CGACUUGCCUCCACUUCGGCAUCUCUCUACCAAGACUUUGUUCCUCUAUUUCUCUCUCAGAUUCACUGUACCGCUCGAAAAUUACACACAAAACCUUCUCAUAACCCAGUUCUGUCACAAAUCCUUCAUUAAGAGAUACGCACAACAUGUAUUUGCAGAUGGAAGCAAGUGGCGCCCCGCAACCAGCACCACGUACGACACUCCAGUCUAAGGUCGUGGUAGCUGGCACAGACGAGAACGCUGCCAAUGGCAGUCCGACCGGACCGGGCGGACAGGAUUACCAGCGAUGCCGCGUAUGCACUCGCCGUCACGCUCUGCGAAUGUGCUCGGUCUUCAAGAGCAUGCAACCUCAGCAGCGGUACGUACUAGCCAGAGCACACGGUUAUUGCACCAACUGUCUCGCUUUAUCCCACCACACCAGCGAGUGCAGCUCAUCGGGAAGUUGCCGCAAGUGCAACCUCCAGCAUCACACGUUGCUCCACCGUAGCCAAACACCAACAACAUCUCCUGCCAACAACAACGCCCGCCGACAUAUUUCCGCAGGAACAGCCUCCCGUCGUCGCAACCCAGGACCAGUGGGAGACCGCAUUGUUAAACGGUCAACCCAAGGACUACAUACCACAAAUUAUCGCGGAAAAGUAACUCGCCUCCUCGUCCAGGAAGCACUUCGCGCCAUACAAGAGUUGCAACAGACGCUAGACGCAUAG